UUGAAACCUCCUCUGAAAUGAAAUCUGUGAAAGAGACCCAUUUCUUCCACCACCAGCAGCAGGAGCAGCAGCAAGCAAUGUUGGCUGGCUGGCAUUUUAAAAUCCUGCCUGGACGGCUGGACCAGUCAUGACUUGCGUGCGUGCCUCUGCUCGCCCAAGGCCAAGGGUCGUAAACAACGGGUUAACAAAGUCUUCUCGCCUCACAUCACAUCCCCAUCUCGAGAGCUAGUCAGUCCCCUUCCUCUGUUUCCUCCUUCUGUCCCCCAUGGCCCAAUCCUCCUGGGCCUUGUUCCUCCUCCUUGCUCUCUUCUCCUCUAGCCUCCUCGUCUGCAGCAGCAAUGGGGAGAGGGUCUUCCUCUACCCGCAGUCUCAGAAGGUCUCCUCCAUCGUCAGCCAGCGGUACAGGACCGCCUACCACUUCCAGCCCCCCAAGAACUGGAUCAACGAUCCAAAUGGGCCAAUGUACUACAACGGCAUCUACCAUGAGUUCUACCAGUACAACCCCAAUGGCUCCGUGUGGGGUAACAUAGUUUGGGGCCAUUCGGUUUCUACAGAUCUCAUCAACUGGAUCCCACUUGAAACCGCAAUAGAACGGGACACCCCGAGCGACAUAAACGGCUGCUGGACCGGCUCGGCCACAAUUCUCCCCGGUAACCGACUGGUCAUCAUAUACACCGGUGCCGACCCGGAGAAGCGUCAGGUCCAGAACAUUGUGGUUCCGAAAAACCUGUCUGAUCCGUACCUGAGAGAAUGGACCAAAGCCGUAAAUAACCCGGUGAUCCAACCGGUCGGACCGGGCUUGAACUCGGGCCAGUUCAGGGAUCCGACAACCGGUUGGAUCGGACCUGAUGGACUUUGGAGGAUAGCAGUUGGUGCUGAGCUCAACGGCGACAGUGCUGCACUUUUGUACAAGAGCAAAGACUUUCUGAACUGGACUAGAGUUGACCACCCACUGUAUUCAUCCAAUUCCUCCUCUAUGUGGGAGUGCCCCGAUUUCUUCGCGGUAUUGCCGGGCAAUAGCGGUGGACUGGACCUGUCUACAGCGAUCCCGAAUGGCGCCAAGCAUGUCCUCAAAAUGAGUCUGGAUUCCUGUGACAAGUACAUGAUUGGGGUUUAUGAUCUGAAAAGUGACACCUUUAUUCCAGAUACUGUCCUAGAUGACCGUCGGCUAUGGUCGAGGAUCGAUUAUGGUAAUUUCUAUGCCUCAAAGUCGUUUUUCGACUCGAAGAAGGGCAGGAGGAUCAUAUGGGGUUGGACUAACGAGACAGACAGUUCUUCAGACGAUGUAGCAAAAGGUUGGGCUGGAAUCCAUGCAAUUCCCAGGACAAUUUGGCUAGACAUCCAUGGCAAGCAGUUGCUGCAAUGGCCAGUUGAAGAGGUCGAGUCCCUUCGAGGAAAUGAAAUCAACCAUCAAGGACUAGAGCUGAAGAAGGGAGGUCUGUUUGAGAUUAAGGGAGCUGACAGUUUCCAGGCUGAUGUGGAGAUAGACUUUGAGCUGACAUCCAUCGAUAAAGCUGAUCCUUUCGAUCCCUCCUGGCUUUUGGACGUUGAGAAGCAUUGCCGGGAAGCGGGUGCAUCAGUCAAUGGUGGCAUAGGGCCAUUUGGACUUGUUGUCCUGGCCUCUGACAACAUGGAGGAGCACACUGCUGUGCACUUCCGGGUGUACAAGUCAGAGCAAAAGUACAUGAUACUCAUGUGCUCUGAUCUAAGAAGUUCUUCAUUGAGAGCAGGACUGUACACACCAGCCUAUGGAGGCUUCUUUGAAUACGACCUUGAAAAAGAAAAGAAGAUAUCUCUGAGAACUCUGAUUGAUCGGUCGGCGGUGGAGAGCUUCGGCGGUGGCGGCAGGGUCUGCAUCAUGGCCAGAGUGUACCCCGUGGCGGUUGUCGACGGUGUGGCCCACAUGUAUGCCUUCAACAACGGCAGUACCACGGUCAGGGUGCCACAGCUCAGGGCCUGGAGCAUGAGGAGAGCACAAGUGAAUGUGAAAGGGAUGGUGUGAUGGUUAACAAAGCAGAGCAAUUCUAAUUGACCUGUGAUUGGAAGACUGGAUCAAUCUGAUCACUUGUGUAGCACACUUCACUAUUUUGAAAAAGGAAAUUACUCCCAUUCACGAGCGCUUCUAGGUAGAAAUAAAAAGGAAUUUCAACAGGGAAAAAAUAGCUGCUCAUUUUCUUGACCUCUAGCAUUCAUGUAUUAUAGUUUACCGGUACUUGGUUAGAAAGAAGGAAAUAAUAUUACUGUUUAAAAGUA